AUGGAAAAGAACCUAAAUGAGCUCCUGAAAUGGAGCAUCGAGGCCCAGACCGCCGGUAACAAGAACGGGGCCGGGGCCCAGAACCCCACCGCCAUCACUGCCGCAGACGCGCCCGCGGACGGGAACACGACCGCAACCACCACCACCACCAGCAGCCAGGCGCCCGCCACAAAAAGCGACCUGAACCCAGAAGUCCUCGCCGCCCUGCUAGGCGGGCCCUCAGACGCCGACCUGAUGCGGCAGUCGAUGGCGGUGAUCAGCGCGACGUCGGACCCGGAGGUGACGCUGGAGCACCGGCUGACGGCGUUCGACAACCUGGAGCAGCUGAUCGAGUCGCUGGACAACGCCAACAACCUGGGGCCCUUGGGCCUGUGGACGCCGCUGCUGGCGACGCUGGCCGACGCCGAGCCCGAGGUGCGCAAGUACGCCGCCUGGGUCGUCGGCACCGCCGUCCAGAACAACGAGCCGAGCCAGGAGCGCCUGCUGGCCAUGGGCGGGCUGCCUGGGCUGGUCAAGAUGGCGCUGGCCGGCGAGGAGCGCGAGGACGUCCGCCGCAAGGCCGUGUAUGCCCUCAGCUCUGCUACCAGGAACUAUCAGCCCGCCAUGGACGUCGUCGCUGCUGAGCUGGACAAGGGGGGGCAUCAGCUGGCCGGCCCGGGCAAGGUCGAUGCUACGAACAUGGAUGCUGUGGACGCAGUCAUGGACGGGCUGAAGGAGCAGGUGAAGAAGGACGCUGCGAAGGCUUCCGCUUAG